AUGUUUUUUCUUAUUUUCCACAUUCCCAUCGCGUUGUAUCUCCUCCCUGGUGAUGUCUCUGCCCUGUCUCCUCUGUCUCCUCCUCCUGUCGUGUGUGUUCCAUCAGUUCAGUGUGUAUCGUCAGUCAUCACCGCCACCCGUCACUACUCACUGCCACUCGCCACUCGUCAUUCAGCGGCGAGCGCUCGAGUCGAUCGCAAGCCGUCAUGUCCGAGCGCUGAUCGUCCGCGAACGGUUCACGUAAAAUGUGUGGAGGGUCGGUCUCCAACACACGACACUAACAUGACGAAAUACAAACUGAACAACAACGUGCGCUCCUCCUCCGAGGUGACGCUCACCUCCUACAUGACGGGCAGCAGCGAGGGAGAGAGGAGAGACGAGGGGAGGUGUCACACCUGCCCCGACACCUGCCUGUACCUGGACGGGGACAAGAGGUACGACAAGUGUGGCCUCGAGGAGCUGAAGGUGGACACGCUGGCCAGGGGCUGUCUGUGUGAGAGGUACAACGGGGGCUGCAAGCUGUGUCCCGGACAGCGAGCGAGCCUCGCGCCCACACUCACCCUCACUGACGGAGCACACGGCAAGGCCUGCCUCGCCUGCCACGGAGACACAUGCGGCACCAGGAACACCUCCCACAGUCACAGUCAGUACCCGCCGUUCCCUCCACCAGCUCGUCAUGACUGGAAGGAUGACGUGGUCAAGAGACUCCGAGCCUGCUGCUCUAAGAAGACCCUCCUUAGACGACUACCGAUCCUCAGCUGGCUACCCAAGUACUCAGUGAGGAACGGCCUGGCUGACGUCAUAGCAGGUAUCACAGUGGGUCUGACGGUCAUCCCGCAGGCGAUAGCGUACGCGGGCGUGGCAGGCCUGCCGCCCCAGUACGGCCUGUACUCGUCCUUCAUGGCGUGUUUCGUGUACACGGUGUUCGGCUCCGUGAAGGACUCCGCGAUAGGCCCCACCGCCAUCGCUGCCAUCCUCACGAGGGAGAACCUCCACGGCCUGGGGCCGGAGUUCGCGGUGCUGCUCGCCUUCCUCUCAGGCUGUGUGGAACUCAUCAUGGGCAUACUACAGCUAGGUUUCCUAAUCGACUUCAUCAGCGGGCCGGUGUCUGUGGGCUUCACGUCAGCCGCCGCCAUCAUCAUCGCCACCACUCAGGUCAAGGACAUCCUGGGACUCAGCUUUCCUGGAGGAAAGUUCCUACAGGUAUGGACCGGUAUGUAUCAACAUAUCGGGGAGACCAGACUGUGGGACACUGUGCUGGGCGUCUCAUGUAUCGUGGUGCUGUUGUUACUCAGGAAAGUGAAGGACAUAAAGAUUGGCAAAGAGGCGGAGAGUAGCAAGGAGUCCCGCGUGCGGUCGUUCGUGUCUCAGUCGCUGUGGUUCCUGUCCACUACCAGGAACAUCUUCGUGGUGCUCGUGUGUGCCGCGCUCGCUUACUACUUCGACACAUUGAACCAACAACCCUUCGUGCUGACCGGUGAGGUGAAGGCAGGUCUACCACAAAUCUCCCCCCCUCCCUUCUCGGCCACAGUCGGUAACCACACGUACUCCUUCACUGAGAUGUCGUCGACCCUCGGCUCCGCUAUCUUCGUGGUGCCCUUACUAUCCAUCCUAGAAAACAUCGCUCUCGCUAAGGUCUUCUCGGAGGGUAAGUACGUGGACGCUACUCAGGAGAUGGUUGCUCUGGGCGUGUGUAAUGUGUUGGCGUCGUUCGUGGAGUCUAUGCCGGUGUCGGGCGCUCUCUCCCGCGGCGCCGUCAACCACGCGUCAGGCGUCGCGACGCCCGCCGGAGGACUGUAUACAGGCGCGCUCGUACUACUGGCGCUUCAGUACUUCACUCCCUACUUCUACUACAUUCCGAAAGCCUCCCUGGCAGCCGUCAUCAUCGCCGCUGUAGUGUUCAUGAUGGAACUGCAUGUCUUUAAACCGAUAUGGCGGACGAAGAAGGUGGACAUAAUCCCCGCCGUAGUGACGUUCACCGCGUGUCUGGUGACUCGCCUGGAGCUGGGUAUCGUCCUCGGUAUCGCCGUCAACUUGUUGUUCCUGCUGUACGCGUCCGCGAGGCCGGCCGUGCGCGUCACCACCGCCGUCUCGGAGGGUGGUGUCCGGUACGCCGUGGCGACCAUCGACCGCGCGCUGGCCUUCCCCGCCGCCGAGUUCGUCCGCCGCGCCCUCCGCAAGGCAGCGGGUGACGCGCCGCUGGUACUGGACGCCCACCACGUGCAGGCCGCUGACUUCACCGCCGCCAAGGGCAUCGCUCAGUUGAUCGAGGACUUCCACGCCCGCGGCCAGCCCCUCAUCUUCUACAACGUGAAGCCCUCCAUAGCGGAGGUGUUCCGCGGUGUUCGUCCUCGCCAGUUCGUUCACUGCUCGUGUCGCGCCGAGCUCGAGCGCCUGUUGUUGGAGACUCAGAGACGGAGCGACGUCCAUGACAGAGUGAUGACGUCACAGAACACCUUAUAG